AUGUCGUCGUCCGGGCCUCCAGGAGGAGGGCGUACACCCCUCAAGGAAGAGAAGAAGGAGAAGAGUUUCACCAAACUCCUGACCAGGGCAAGGACUAUCCUGAAGAGAGAAGGUUCCUCGAAGCGCGGAUCGGGAUCGGGAUUGGGAGAGACUGAGGCGCCCAAGGAGCCACCCAAGGCAGCAGCGCCUCCCCAAUUGACGAGCGCGCAGGCGGCUAGGGCAAGAUAUGAAGGCCUGCAAGGAGUUUCCAGGCUGUCCAAGGCCGCCCUAUUUGAGGAAAGGGCUAAGAAGCUUGGGGAGCGAUAUGGGCUUGAAAUCAAGACUACCGAUUGGAAGACCAUCACCAUCGACCCUGCCGACGACACUGUUUUGCGCGUCAAUAAGCCGAUCCGAAUGCGAGUUCGCCGUACCUGCCACAGGUGCGAGGCGAACUUCACGACCACCAAGGAGUGCCCCAGCUGCCAGCAUACCCGCUGCGUCAAAUGUACACGCUACCCGCCCAGACGCACGGAGGAGGAGAAAAUUGCCAGCCGUGAGCGAAGGGCAGAGCUUAUCAGGACUCAGAAAGAAAAUGCUCCCCUCAUUGUUGAUUAUCGCAUUGAUCAGAAACCUGUGGUUCUGAAGAAACCUAGCAAGACUGGUGGUCAAGACCUGAUCUAUAAGAAACCUCGUCAGCGGGUCAGGAGGAACUGCCACGAGUGCGCGAGGUUGUUCCCUCCCGGAUCAAAGACGUGCGAAGGCUGCGGUCAUAUCCGCUGCACGGACUGUCCGCGAGACCCGCCCAAGAAAGACAAAUAUCCACUUGGCUAUCCUGGCGACGAAUUCGGACCUAGCAGUGUGCCUCACUUUGAGUGUCACUCGUGCAAGACUCUUUAUCCACCUGGUUCCGAGAACGGGACGAAAUGUAAGAGUUGUGGCCAAGAGAAGACAGCGGCAUCUGUUCGCGCUCGGCCUCGCAAGGUCGAACCGGAAAUUGAACUCGACCCCGCCAUACUUGAAAAGAUCGAGGCUAGACUUCAGGCUUUGAGAGUCUCCUAA